GCGAGCGGAGCCAGUGCGCGGCGGGCUCACACGGCGGCCGGACGCGCGGCGGAGGGUGGCGGGAGCGCCGGGAGCAGGGAGAGCAGCCUUCCCCGGACCGCGCCGCGGGAGCUCGGGGACUCGGACGCGGGGACCGUGCCGGCCCCCACGAUGCCGGCGAUCGCGGUGCUCGCGGCCGCCGCGGCGGCGUGGUGCUUCCUGCAGGUCGAGAGCCGGCACCCCGACGCGCUUGCUGGAGGCGCGGGCCCCAACCACGGCAAUUUCCUGGACAAUGACCAGUGGCUGAGCACGGUCUCCCAGUACGACCGGGACAAGUACUGGAACCGCUUCCGAGACGAAGUUGAGGAUGAUUAUUUCAGAAACUGGAAUCCCAGCAAGCCUUUUGACCAAGCCCUAGACCCAUCCAAAGACCCCUGCCUGAAGGUGAAAUGCAGCCCGCACAAAGUAUGUGUGACCCAGGACUACCAGACUGCCCUGUGUGUCAGCCGCAGGCACCUGCUCCCCAGGCAGAAGAAGGGGACCGUGGCCCACAAACACUGGGUUGGCCCUUCGAAUCUGGUCAAGUGCAAGCCCUGCCCCGCGGCACAGUCGCCCAUGGUCUGCGGCUCUGACGGCCACACCUACACGUCCAAGUGCAAGUUGGAGUUCCAUGCUUGUUCUACCGGCAAACGCCUCACCGUGCUCUGUGACGGGCCCUGUCCGUGUCUCCCGGAGCCUGAGCCCCCGAAACACAAAGCAGAAAAGAAUGCCUGCACAGACAAGGACUUGAGGAACCUUGCUUCCCGGCUCAAAGACUGGUUUGGAGCCCUUCACGAGGAUGCAAACAGGGUCAUCAAGCCCACCAGCUCUGACACAGCCCAAGGCAGGUUUGACACCAGCAUCCUGCCCAUCUGCAAGGACUCCCUGGGCUGGAUGUUCAACAAGCUGGACAUGAACUAUGACCUUCUGCUGGACCACGCAGAGAUCAACGCCAUCUACCUGGAUAAAUAUGAGCCCUGUAUCAAGCCUCUCUUCAACUCCUGCGACUCCUUCAAGGAUGGCAAGCUCUCUAACAACGAGUGGUGCUACUGCUUCCAGAAGCCUGGAGGUCUCCCUUGCCAGAAUGAAAUGAACAGGAUUCAGAAGCUGAGCAAGGGGAAAAGCCUGUUGGGAGCAUUCAUACCUCGGUGUAAUGAGGAGGGCUACUACAAAGCCACACAGUGCCACGGCAGCACGGGACAGUGCUGGUGCGUGGACAAAUAUGGGAACGAACUGGCUGGCUCCAGGAAACAGGGCUCUGUGAGCUGUGAAGAGGAGCAGGAAACCUCCGGGGAUUUCGGCAGCGGUGGCUCCGUGGUCCUGCUGGAUGACCUGGAGGAUGAGCGGGAGCCGGGACCAGCACACCGACCCGGGCAGCCGAGGGUGCACACCCGGGCCGUGGCCGAGGACGAGGAGGACGAGGAGGACGACGAGGAGGACGGCGUCGGGUACCUGUGGUAGUCCCCGCGAGGCAGAGGACACGAGCUUUGCACACAAUUGCAAGUCACUUCCUGUUCCCGCAUUUGUAUCUAGGACUCCACAGCACCAAGGUUUCUUCUCCAUUGUCGCUCUCUGUUCCUGACCUAAGGCUUGGAAGACACCUCCUUGUCCCCAGAGCAUCCCGGUUUUGCAUACGGUUGUGUGGGAAGAAGGGUGUUGAGUUUUAUUUUUCUGACAGGGGGAUGGCUGGCUGAAUGAGAGCAUCCUUCCCUCCCAGGAGAUUUUUGCAACGAGCAUGUGAUUGAUGUGGGAUUCUGACCGUGCAGGGAGCCCCCCACCCUCUAAACGUCAAAGACCCUAUUUGAUGACCCACACUGGUGGUCAUUCCAGCAUGGUUCCCAGCCUUACAGUGUCUAAGUGCUUUUCUUGUGUCCUGUAGAUGUUGUGGAAAACACACCACACUGUACCUUUCUCCCCACCACCCCUGGUGUUUACUAUUAAAAAUUAGUUUUUCAUAUCACUCUAUCUGGCUUCCUAUAAACAACAGCCUUAAUUCAGUCAAGAGUCCCUUAGGGGAACUGAUUUCAUGAGGAAGUGGUGUCUGGAAGCUUCUCGCUGUACAUGCAUAAACAUGUAUGUACAGAAGAGACUGGGUGUGUGCGCCUUGCAAGUACACAAAUACACACACCUCAGCAAGUGUUUGGGUAUCAAAAACUCAUUUGACAAAACAAUUAUAACUUUAUCGGCUUGUCCAGACCUGGAACACAAUUUCUGGAAUAGAAAUUUGUAUCGAAGUCCCUUUUUGCACUAACAGUUGGACCUUGUAGCCCGCAGGCUGAGGUUUCUUCUCCUGGCAGCAGCAGAGUUACUGGAAGCCUCUGAUUUGUAUAAGCCUCUGUCCGCCUGAACCGCUUUCCUUGCAGAAGCCAUGAGACUCCCACGUGGGCAGCGUCACAAGCCAUCUCUCUCAUUCCAGCUCAAAGCCCCCAGGCCUGGCUGCCGCAGGUCCCUCCCUUCCCUACCUACCUCCUCAAGGGCUUUUUCCAAGGCACGUACACACACCCCUGGGCUGAGAAGACAGUACCACAGUGUUCCUUAGCAGAGAAAAUUCAAGAUUCUUAUUGUUUUGUUUUUACCCCCUUGCUGCCCACAAAUCAUGCUGAGGGUACACGAGCUACACAGAUUUGAUGUCACUCGUCAUUUGUAAAGAAUCCCAGGUGGAGGCUUGGAAAGAACUGCAUGGUAGCUCAUGGAAGCUAGGGUUGGAUUUUUCAGAGCUAGUUCUGGCCCCAUUCCUUCACCGACACAAGUGUCAAGAUCCUGAUGAAGAAAGCCCUUCACUGUUGCGUCUCUUUGCCCUCAAUAAGCUUGUAAUUGUCUCCAAAUUUGGUAGGGCCAUCCUCUCUCUCAUCUUUAGGAUUUCUCUCCUUCCCUAUCAUGCUGGCCGAGAUGUAAGUACCAAAGAGUAGUCUUCAAAGUGGCCCCAUUUAAUUUAGCACUCGCCCUGAAGCUCCUGCCCCACCUGGUCUCCACCUACCUGCCAGCUACCCAGCAAGCCUCUCUGGUUUUUCUCCCCCUCCCCAUGAGCUCCAGCCAGUUCACAAAACGACCAAAUAAACUCAGGCGAGAAAUACAUUCAGCCAAACCAACCAUUUGUUUGCACUCUACCAACCAGCCUCCAACCAGGAUUUUCUAAUCCUCGCGUUGGCCAAAGUGGCAUUAUCCCUAGAGUCAGUCUCAGAUGGGAAAAUGAACAUACUCGAUACAGCAAACUCCUUCUGGCCUCAAUAUGCAUAUAAGUACAACCAGGACCCAACUGUAAGGGAGACCGCAGGCAAGCUCUGUACUGGGAUCUCAACUCCCUCACUUCUAUUUCAGUUUUUUUUUCCCCUCACUGAACAAAACAAAUCAUAAUUUAGAAAACAGGUGCUUAAUUGCAGCUAAAUCAUAGUAGAGUAUAAAAAAGAAUCAAGACAUUACAAAGUCUCAGUUUAGACCAUCAAAGAAAACUAUUGUUACUGUCUCCUCUGAGCUUGGAAGAAUGCACAAGAGAACAAAUUAAAAUCGACAAAUUGAUUUCACUUGAAGAAACUUCUAGAAACAGAAUGAGCCACCGAUUUUAAUUUGCCUAAUUAUCUUACAACAAGUGUCAAAUUAAGAUGACACUUCAAGAUCCUUAGCAUUAACUUAAUGACGGAGGAGAGUGCUCAGUAGUCAAUUUCCAAUAAGGUAAUGAGAUGUUCAUUUUCGGAGAUAUUCUAAGAAGAUAUUUUGAUUCAUUAAGAUAUUAAAUAAAAAGCCCUCCUAAGACUGGAACCCAAAAUCAAUGGAGCAACAUUAACAUCCCUUUGACGUGACAUUAGAUUUUUUAAUGGUUUUUAAGUAACUUUUCACAAGUACUAAAGAUGACAUUUUUAAUUACCCUAAAAGAAGUUGAAUUUUGUUUUCCAUUUUUUCAGUAGGACUCCUUUAGCUAGUGACUAAGGAUACAUAAAAAUCUUGAUUAAAGAAAAAACUACUUUGACAAUGCAUCCCCUUGUUUGAGACAGGUAUUCAGAUGAAUCCUCACUCGACUUUCAGAACCGCCUUAGUGAACAGUUGUAUGCUUACUCCACAAAUGGUUGUUUUAUUGAAUAUCAUUUUCUUGGCAUCCAACUUUGGUCCCCGAAUUUUCUGCCACCAUGGUUGUCUGCUCUAUUAAUGUCUUUUUGCUUCCACAAUAUUCUAGGCAUGGGAAUGCCUUGGUACUGAAUUUGAAGUUUUGUACCAGUUUCCCCUUUAUGCCCAUUUCCCCAUGCCGACAUUUGGCCAGGUCUGCCCCAGGAUGCCACUCACACUUGUUUUUACCUUGACCACAUUGUACAGUAACAUCCAAGAACCCUUUCUACAGUGGGUGGUUUGGUCUUUUUAUACCUUUUUCUCAAAGUCACAGAUGUUUGUCCCUGUUCAGUGUGUAACCUUGUAAUAAGGUCCCACCAAAUCCUGAGCGUCACUUUGUUGUUCCUAUUGUAGAUGAAAUAGUGAAGUAGAAAAACCCAGUAAAUUCUGAAUGCUUUUCCAUGUAGACUUAUCUGGAAUGUGAACAUGAAUCUUUGGUUAAUAGUAUAUGCUUAACUGUAGUCCUGAGUAGGUGCAUUUCUGUCUUGUCUCAAUAAAUUUUAAUUUGUCUGCAA